CAAAAACAAGUAAACAAAACCCAUACAAAAUUAGGAGCUAGGUAUCAUCUACUCACCAAUGUGAUUAAAGAAUUCUUCCCAAAUAAAAAUAAAAAUUUAAUCCUAUAUUAGCAGUCGUUUCAAUAUGUCUGAAAACGAUUAUCAAGAAAUGUAUGACUUGGCUCUUGAUUUAGCGAAGCAAGCAGGGCAGGUUUGUACCUCGACCUCAGUCAUACUCAUCACAAUCAUACUCGUCUUUGUGUAUAUUCAUAAUUCUUGACUCAAUAACUCUUCAUUAGAACUUCAUAUCGUAAUUCAUAGUUAGUUAGUCAUUAUUCAUUGUAUAAUUUUGACUUUGAUACUUUAAUAAGGUAGUGCCUAGUUAAUACUAGUUAUUAUGACACUGAACUGAUGAUGCUUGAACUUGAAGUCAUCAUUCAGUGAUAAUCAUCAUUGUGAUUGAAUCAUGAUUCAUGUCAUCAUGAUCAUAAUGAUGAAUGGAUUUUAAGGAAUUAAUGAAGAUAACCAUUAAAAUCCAUAUAUAUACAUAAUCUUCAUAACUUAAACCACACAUUAGUUAUAUAUUAAAUCUGCAGUACUCAAGAUGAGCUCAUUAUCAUUAAUAUUCAAAAUGGCCAACAAAUUUCCAUAUAUAUGUUAUGUCAUAAUGCAUAUGAACACAACAUGAACAAUAUUCUCCAAAUGUAAAAUAUUAAUAUUAUUGGAGAGACUUGAGUCUAUUUUUGCAUAGAGGUUUCUUUCAAUUCUAUUUUUUUUUUGCUAAAUGUAGCAUUAGUUUUUCAUAGAAGCCCUACAAUUAAAAAAGACUGUGCUGCUUCAACAACUAUUGCCUACAAGUUGCAAAUAUGAUUAACUUUAUGAAGUCAUUUGAUAGGCCUUUAAAUAAAAUAAAACAAAGUAAUUUUUAGUGGGAAGUAUUUAAAAAUACCAAUUCAUCGAAACACUAAACACAUUUUAAUUUGAAAUUUAGUACUAAGAUAAAACAAAUUUUUCUUCAUAUUUACAAGCUACACAUGUUUCAGGUAGUUAAGGCAAAACUCCAAAAUAAGUCUAUUAUAUAACAGUUGAAGUUUCACUAUUUUAAUAAAGAAAUACAAUUAAAUAUCUAUUUACACGACACAUUACUCAAUAAUAUUUACCUCAAAUAUCUUAAAAUAGUGCUUUUAACAUUGUUGUUAAUAAAAUUACUGAAGAUUGAAAAAUGAUUUGCUGAGGUGGACAGGAGCAAAUUUCUAUCCAUCCAACCCUGUGAUGCUACAGCCCAUGCACGGUUUUGGCCUGCCUCACCAAUUCCUUCUACUCAGACCCAACUAAUGCUUUUCUUUUCCAAGCUUGGAUUGCCACCUGCUGUUGACCUUUUUCCACAUCAUCCAUCCACCUAAGCCUAGAUCUGAAUUUGAGCCAUUUUCCUCAGGGGUUUUGGUGAUGCACCCUCUUGACUCCUCUGACAUUUGGCAUUCUCUCAAAUUGUCCUGCCCAGUGUAGUCUACACUUUUUUAUUUCUGCUAUCCUCGUGGAAUUCUGAUAUAGUCUGUACAUUCCUGGUUGGUUCAUAUUCUCCAACCAUAUUCAUCCUUUGUUGAUCCAUAUAUUUUCCUGAGAGCUUUUCUCUCUCCCAUAUAUUUAAUAGGUUUUCUGCCAUUUUUGUUAGGAUCCUAGUUUCACUUGUGUAUGUUACAACUGGUCUAAUCAUAGUUUUCUAAAUCAUUUUCUUCGUUUCUCUUGUAAUGUUUUUACUUUUGAGUAUUUUCUGACUACUGAAGUAUGCCCUGUUUCAGGCUGAUAUUCUUUCUUUCAUUUCUGUUAGUAAUCCAUUACUUUCAUUUAAUGAAGAUCCUAGGUAUUGGAAUUGAUUUACUUUUCCAAAGUCUGGUUUCUAAUUUUAAUGGCUUCAUCUGUCUGUUCUUCUCUUAUAAUAGUCAUGUAUUUUGUUUUUUGGUUAUUAACUUCUAGCCCUGCUUUUAGUGAUGUGUAGUAGUUUCCUCUGUAGUUUGUGCACUGAAGUUAGGAGCCUCUUGUGUAUUGGGGUUAGUAAUGCUGUUUCUCAUUCUGUUGGAAUUUUCUUUUCUUGCCAAAUUUAAGUUACAAGUUUAUGUAUCUGAGUGUGUGGUUCUCUUCCUCCAUAUUUAAGAAAUUCUGCUAUGAUGAGGUCUUCUUCAGGGCCUUUGUGUUUUUUCAUAUUGUUGAUUACUUCUGUAGUUUCUUCUAGAGUUGGUGAGCUUAUUAAAGGGGUCUAAUCCUCCAUGUGGUAGUUGAUAAUCUUCAUCUUGUCUAUUGUCUGCAUUUAGUAUGUCUCAAAAUAUUCAGCCCACCUUAUCAAUUGUACAAAGACCCACCCAUAGUGUUAUGCACUGAAUGUAUUGGGAGAAAUUAAUCUCUUAUUUUAAUUUUCAUUUGGCUCGUUGUAAACAGUGCCUGGCAAAGGACGAUACCAUAGAGUCAACAAUAUUAAAGAUACGACACCCAUAACAGUUUCUAGUUACAAUUAAUAAGAUUUAUUAAGUCUUAAGAUAAUUACAAAAGAAAAGAAAAUAUAAUGGCAUCAACACGACAGAUCAAAAGACCACGCCACACCCAUCUGUGAACACAGCGUCUCAUGCGGGAUCAAUCAGUGCACGCACGAGAAAAAUUAUGUAAACAAGCUCUUUAUAACACAUAGUCACAACAAUAAAAAAAAAAAAGACAGAUUGCGCUGGACAUGACAUAUUGAAAGGAUGCCGAAUCGGAGAGCAGCGAAAGUGAAUACAGACAGAAACCUAGGGGCAGAUGGCUCAUCAGUCGACCAAGACUGAGAUGGAUGGACGAUGUAGAGAAGGACUUAUACCAGUUGGGGGUUCGCGCAUGGAGGCGGAAAGCCAUGGAUUGAUCCAAAUGGAAGGAUGUGGUGAAGCAGGCCAAGGCCCUUGAUUGGCUGUAGCGCCACUGAUGAUGAUGAUCUCUAGUACUUAACUAUUUUCCGUAAUUAAUUAUCCGAUCUCGCUCCCACACUUUUUGCGGUCUGGUUUGGUAACCAUUCUUUUCAUAUUUUAUCUUCAGGUACAUUCCUCUGAUAUUUCCCUCUCUUGAAAAGUUUUCUAUUUUUUCUAGCUUAGCUUUUUCCCCGUCCCUCUUUUUCUUCGUACACAUUUUAGUUACUUUCCUUCUGGCUUCCAUGUAUGUUUGUGUUGUCUUUCUGGUUUCCCUUUGUUUGAUGGUCAUUUGUGCUUUGUUCCAUUUUUUGACAGUCUCUCUGCAUUCAUUAUCAAACCAGCCUGUUUAUUUCUUUACUGUGAGUGCUACAAUAAAAGUGUGUUGUAAUAACAGGACUUCAAAUUUUUCAUUGUGGAGAUGAGGAACGCCAGUGAGCCCUGUGUGGAGGGAGCCCCCAAAUAUUGAAAUAGGAAUAAUACAGGUAUUACAACAGGACAGUGUAUUCACUAAAACCCACAUCAGUUUCAACUGACAUCCCUUUUCCUAAAGCAAAGUCUAAGAGUCAGAUCCCAUCAUCAUUGGAUUCUUCAUGCAGACUUUCCUUGCCAAUAGUUGGUUUGAACACUUUUUCUUAUUUUGGCAUUUAAGUCGCAAAUCACUAUUUUAAUAUCAUGUCGUGGUGCCUCUUCGUAGAGCUUUUCCAUUGUCUAAUAAAAGGAUUUUUUUUCCUGACCUUUCGUAUCUUUCAUGGGAGCAUGAACAUUUAUAAAUGUUAUAUUAAACAUUUUUCCUCACACACGCAAAGAGCACAAUCUUUCAUUCUCUGGUUUCAAACCUAUGACUGCACUGACUGCUCCUUUUUUCACGACAAAUCCUGUUCCUAGAGUGUUCAUCCUGUUCCUAGAGUGUUCAUCCUGUUCUUAGAGUGUUCGUGUUGUUGCCACUAUAAAAGGUGGUGUAGUCUUUUGUUUUGAGUAUGUCUGCAUUUUCCCAUCAAAUUUUUUGCAAUGCAGAAAUAGAUAGUUUAUAUUCAAUCAGUUGAUUUACAGGGUUAGCUCAGGCUCCUGCUCUAAACAGGCUUAGUACAUUCCAAGUCGCAAUCCAAAAGUCAUGUCCAUAUCCAGACAUAGGUCAAUUUCCAUUAGUACUCUUCCCGGUUUUAUUCCGAUGGUUGGCUUUCAUAAGAUUUAUUUUUGUACAUGGCUGGGGGGGCUGCCCCUUAUAGCUCUCUAGGUAGCUGUCUUAAUUUUAGGUUAAGGCUCCCAGCCUUUGUGGAUCCCUCCACUUCCUACAAGGUAGGAGGUUCUGAUUUUGGUCCGCCCCUGGUAUUUUUUUUCCCUGGUACCCUCCAUAUCUGGUGGGUUUUCCCCUAUCCCUAAGGGAGGCGCUCGAUGGAAGAUCAGUAUCUCUGCACGAGAGGAGCAAAUUUCUGCAAUCUUGAAAAUGGUAUCCAGGUAGAAAUACCCAUGUGGUGACUGUUUUGAAAAUUUAUUAAAAUUGUUGGGUAGGUUGGGGGGGGAUUUUUAUUUGCCCAUUCUUGUAGAUAAAUGGAUGCUUUAAACAGUGGUUAUAAUGAACCUUGCGACUGGUGGAGAAUGUAUGAGAAAUUAAAUAGCAUCUAUAGAUCAAUUUUGACAAAAGUUUUGUUGCCCUUAAAUUUGGAAUCCUCUAGGGCAGGUCUGCACGACUCAAAAUGUAAGGCGGGCCGUAAUACUUUAUGAAAAACUUGUGUGGGCCGAAAGAAAAUAGGACGGGAAAAGCUAUUAAGAAAAUAAUAAUAAUAAAGAAUAUUCCGUUACUUCACUGGCCGCAAAGUGGGUGCUGGCGGGCUGGAUGCAGCCCACGGUCCGUAUGUUGUGCAGGUCUGGUCUAGGGGGGUCCUGUCCAGUGCAGCCUGACUUUUUUAACUGACUGAUGUCCCUGCUCAAAGGUGUGGUUAUUUGACUGAGAGCCUGUAAAAAUUUGGAACUCCCUUGAAUACUCUUUCUGUACUUUUAUGCAACUUGUAUAUAGCGGGUAGGUUUGUUGGACGCAUGAAGUUCUUGUGGAGCGUCAUAAAGAUAUCUCCUGUCUACGCUAUCAUAAGUUGUUUUGUAGUCUAUGUAAAGUUUGUAUAUGAGGAUGUUGUAUUCAUAUCAUUUGUCACGUUGUGGAGCAUCAUCAAGAAAUCUCCUGACUACGCUAUCAUAAGUUGUUUUGUAGUGUAUGUAAAGUUUGUAUAUGAGGAUGUUGUAUUCAUAUCAUUUGUCACAUUCAGAUUACGUGCUGUAAUAAAAUCAUUAGCGAACUCAGUCACAGAGACGUGAGAACUAUAAGAGGUGUGACAACUAUCAGAGGCGUGACAACUAUCAGAGGUGUGUACCUUUGUGAGCCAGCAUUAGAGUUCCUUAAAUUAGAUGAGAGAGAUGAGUUAAUAUUUUUUUUUGGUCAUAAGAGUGAAAUUACAAUUAUAUUUUUCAUAGGCAGUUAAAAGAUUAUUUUAUAAUUGAUGUGUUGAAUUUUUUUUGGGCACUUGUUUAAGUCUGAAUGCCAGUAAAUAUUGUUGUAUGCAAAAUGUAUUGCACUCUUAGCUUUAUAAAUAAAAACACUUGAAUUUUUAAAGCAUCUCAUGGUUAUUUUGACUUCUUUCUAUACUUCAGCCUUGUACUUGUAGAGGCCAUGAACAAGAAAUGGAGUACUAUUCUCUGACAUUGUUUUCUGUGGCCAUACGAAGGGGAUCUUCCCCUAGACAACAUAUUAUGCACCAAAGCAUUUCUCAAGGCGACAUCUGAUAGUAAAUUUAUCUAUUCUGUUUGAAUCCACAUAGUUAGCUACCUAUGAUCUGUUCAAAAUAUUUGUCCAGUUGACUUGCAAUUAGCUGAGUGAGGAUUUUGUAGGUUUCAUUAAGUAGGGAGAUUUCUCUAAAAUAUGAACAAUCCAGUUUCGAUCCUUUCUUUUGAAUUGGGAUUAAGAGCACAAUACCUCAUUCAUUUGACAUUUCUUCCUCCUGCCUAAUUCUGGAUAUGAGGUCUUCUAUUUGUUCAGGUAGUUCGUUUCCAUAUAGUUUUAUCAUUUCUGCAGUGAUAAGGACUUUUCCUGUUGCUUUAUUAUUUUUCAUGGCAAAGUCCACAUCUUCUGUUUUUUCUCUAUUAUUUUUUUGUAUUCUUCGUUUAUAUUUAAUUUUUAAAAGGAAAUGGUCCGACUACAUCUGACUCUUAAAGCUUCGUACAUCUGAUAUGUCUUACCCAUGUCUCCGAUCAAUGAGUAUGUUAUCUAUUUUAUUUUGGGUAAAUCAAUCAGAUGAUACCCAUGUCGCUUUAUGUAUCUGUUUGUAUUGGAAUAUUGAGCUUCUGACUGUCAUUCCUUUUCAUGUAGCGAAGUCUUUUACUUGCUCUGAUGUCAUUGCUCUUGUCAUGCAGACUUUCUUUUCCAAUUGUUGGCCUAUAAGCAUGUUUUUUUCCAAUUUUUGCGUUGAAAUCUCCAAGAAAUAUUUUGGUAUCAUGGCAGGGUACCUCAUCAAAUGCCUUAAAGAAAGUGUCAUAAAAACUGUCAUCUGCAUCUUCAAUGGGGCAUAUGCACAAACUAAAGCAAUGUUAAACAUAAUUCUUAGUAUCAUCAUGGAGCAUAUUUUUUCAAUCACAAGUUUGAACCUAAAGACUGCGCUCACUGUCUGUCUUUUGACUGCAAACCCUGUUCCUAAGGUUUUUAUGUUGCUUCCACUGCAGCACUGCAUUAGUGGUUAGUGUAUCAGAGUCUUUCCGUCUAAUGUCCUGCAGUGCAACAGCAGGGAUUCUAUUUGAACCAGUACUCCUGCACUGUGUAGACUCAGUACAUUCUAGGGCGCAAUCUAUAAACCAGUUCCUUGUCCAGGCAUAGGUGGACAUCCAUUAAUAUCCAUCAGAUUUUCCAUUGUAGCUUCGUAACCAUUUUCUUUCCUUGUGAUAGGAGGGGGGGGGGGGAUGCCCCUGACAGAUCUCAGUGUAGCUGACUUUGUUUUGGGUCAGGUACUUUGCCUUUGUAAAACCCUUUACUAAGUUCAAGGAAGCAGUUUUCAGAUUUUCCAUUGUAGCUUCGUAACCAUUUUCUUUCCUUGUGGUAGGAGGGGGGGGGGGGGAUGCCCCUGACAGAUCUCAGUGUAGCUGACUUUGUUUUGGGUCAGGUACUUUGCCUUUGUAAAACCCUUUACUAAGUUCAAGGAAGCAGUUGCUUACUUGGGUCUGCCCUGAGUAUUUUAUUUCUGGUGGGUGAUCCCCUAUCCACCACCUUGCGAGGUGCCAGAUGGGAGAUCAGCCACUCCAUAGGAGUGUCAUCAUGACUUAGUUUAGCAUUUUUUUUAGGCCUCAUUUAGACUUAAUUUAGUAAUUUUGGCAUAGUGUUAUGCUAUUAUAGUUUUGGUUAUUGUGCCUCUCAAUAAAGUUUACAAUAUUAAAUAUUGUUUAGGAGAAACAGUGAAAUGAGGUUAUAUCUGUCCACCUAAAAAUUGAGAAAGCCACCUUUUUUUUUAUACAAAGAGCGGAUGAUUUCAAUAUUGAAAAUUAAUCUUACUUUAGAAUCAGUUGGAGUUCAAAACAUUGUUGAAUGAUGGAUGCUUAGCUUCUGAGUGACAGAAAUUAUGUUAUUUUAAUUUUAUUAAUUUAUUAUUUGUUUCAAAAGAUAUACUGCAGUCUAAAAUAAAUUUAGUUUUUAAUUUGAGUAACCCUGGAUUAUAAUUUUAGAUGAUUAAAGAUGCGUUUGAUAAGGAAAAACUUGUUGACACCAAGCUAAGUGCAGCAGAUCUUGUUACUGAAACAGAUCAGGCAGUUGAGAAACUUGUGAAAAUCCUCAUCAAAGCAAAGUUUCCUAAUCACAAGUAAGUACCAGUAUUUAACACUUCCUUGAAAAUGGUUUUAAUUUUUUAUCAUGUAAUGAGAUUUUUUUGUGAGAGGUUUUUAACUUUUUGACUAAUGCAUUGGCUUUAUGUUUUUUCAUAUUAUUCCUAUGAGCUGAAUGUACAGCUCUCAAUUUAUUUAUAAUUUUUGUGAAAAUCCAAAGUGAUGUAGAGAUUUGGUUUAAUCUUGACUUUUUUAGAUCAUCCAAUUUGCUGUGUGUUAAAAUAAACAGUCUCAUGAUUGCAGCCAGAUUUUGUAUAUUUUGAUGAUAUUUUUUUGAGUGUGUAGUUGCUGAUUUCUUAUACCAUUGAGCCAAGAGGAGCACGCCACCAUUAGAAAUUUAUUGCUAGUCACUAUUAGUAAAGCAUCUAGACUCUAGAAUUAAUUCAAUCACUGAAAUAUUAUGAAACAAAUAGGAUUCUUACAUCUAAUGCAUCUGAGGAAGAAAAAUGUGGCAGCCACAUGUUCAAAAUUUAUGUGACACAUGUUUUAUCAGGGCUAGAGCUGCUAAAUAUGAACAUUCAAAUUAAAUACAGAUAUUGCAUUUGCAACUUUUGUUGCCUUAUGCCUGAAAGAUAUUUUCAUGUUCUUCAUUGAAAUAUCGCAUCAUCAUAACUAAUGAACAAAAACAUCUUGAAUCCACGAUUCAUAAUUUUAUUUUUAGUAAAGUAUGCUUUUUGAAUGGAAAAUUCCUGGUUAUACACAUUUCUCUGGAUGAAAUGGCCAUUUUACAGUGUUGGAAAAAAAGAGCAGAAUUUCUGACAAAAACAUUGCCAGGGCUUAGUUUCUUAACAAAAGUGCAUGCUUCGAGAAGGGUAGAUCUUUCACAUAUUUAUUUAAUGUUGAUAUAUAUUAUAGGGAAUAAGUAUACCAACGUGGAUCACUAUGUCUACACUUAAUGGAAAUCAUUAUGUCAAUGUCAAAUGUGUGUGGUAUUCAUUUCAUGGCAUACCUUGCUAACAACAUUGUAUCCUGGUAAUUUAUCUUGUAAUGUUAAAGCAACUUACUUAUUACUAAUAUUCCUACAAUCAUAUAUGAUGAUGAUGAACAUUGGACAUUAAUAUUUUUUGAAAUGUUAAUACCCGAAAAGGAAAACAAUAAAAGGAAAACAAUACACAACGCUAGAGUGCUGGCUAAAUCCAGUUCACUUAUAAGACCCCUCGACAUAUAAUACCAAGACUGAAUAUGGAUAUGAAAAUACAUGCACCCAAACUAUUGACAGGUGACAUAAAAUGCGAGUCUGAAAUCUUUGAUAAAACACCACAUUUGUUACACCGAUGUCAUAUAUCAUAAGUAGGUUGAUUAUGUGGUUUGCACAAUAGUCCACAAUAAUUUUUGUUACAGUUUAAAGAAAACAAAAAAAUUUAACUUUAAAUCCUUCCAAUUCAACUACUUUCUUUUGGUCCAGGUAAAAUAAAAUAUAGGAAUCCUCUUUUUUAUUUUCAUAAAGAUUCAUCGGAGAAGAGAGCACAUCAGAAACGGGGGAGAAAUGUGAGUUUACGAAUGAUCCUACGUGGAUAAUUGACCCAGUGGAUGGGACCACAAACUUUGUACAUAGGUAACAUACUUUAAAAAAAAAAAAAAACUUUAAAAAAGAAUAAAAAAAAUAUGUAUCAUGUACCUUAAAGUCUAAACACUCUUAAAUGCUUAGCAUUAAAGGAACACCCCAAGGAACACAGUAGGGUCAAGUACAUUGGCUGCCUGUAGUGGAGUGAAAUGUGAGUUUACGAAUGAUCCUACGGGGAAAAUUGACCCAGUGGAUGGGACCACAAACUUUGUACAUAGGAAAAAUAUUUUAAAAAAAAAAAAAACUUUAAAAAAGAAUAAAAAAAAUAUGUAUCAUGUACCUUAAAGUCUAAACACUCUUUAAUGCUUAGCAUUAAAGGAACACCCCAAGGAACACAGUAGGGUCAAGUACAUUGGCUGCCUGUAGUGGAGAAAAUUACAAAAAACAACAUCAUUGAGAUGCUGGUUAUAAUAAUGUAAUAUUUAAUUAGUAGGGUGUAGCAAAAGUUAAUAUAUGUUUGAAGUUUUAAAUUUUUUUUUUUUUUACUUAUUCAUCCCUCUAUACUGUUAUAAUCUUUCUUUCCUAGCAUCCCAGAAGUUUCAUUUUCAUUAGGUGUCACUGUUAACAAAAUUGUGAGUACAACCUUUUCAUUUUAUUUAUAAAAAUUAUUCAUGAGAAUUUCAGUUUGGACAGAACUAAUUUUAUUUGAAUUUUUUAUGGUGUUUUUGAAUAUUUUAAAACUAGAAGAUCCUAGAAGUUUCAAAAGGGAUUUAUAAAAUCAUAAUUUUAUCAGAGCUUUCAUAAGUUUAAUCAUUAAAAUUAAAAUAUAAUAAUUUAUCUGUUCUUUUAUUUACUGAACUUGAUGAGACGCUAGAAAAAAAAAGCUCUUUCACAUUUACAUGGAAUGAUAUCAGCUUAAUUUUAAUCUCAAGCAAUAAACCAAAGUUUGAUAUGGAAUUGUACUGAAAAGUUAAGGCUUAUUUGAUGCAGUACAUAAUUUAGUUUUUACUUCUAAUUUCAAGCCUGUAAUUGGGGUGGUGUACAUCCCAAUGAAGGAAGAAUUAUUUACUGCAAGGCAAGGUCAAGGAGCUUUCUUGAAUGGAAGAAAACUUUCAGCAAAUGGCACUAAAGGUUAGUUCAUGUGUAAUCCUUGUCUAGGAAUUCCUAGCUAAUACUAAUACACCUUGUGACAUUCAGGAGAUAUUUCUUUAUAAAAUUAAUUUUUAUAAAAUUAAUUUUAUCAUUAUUUUAAGUAAGUUGCCCAUCCCUGUGUUGCUACAGCCCAUGUAGGACUUUGCCCUGCCUCACCACAUCCUUCUUCUCAGACUCUUUUCCAUGCUCGGAUUCCCAGCUGCUGUGGAUCUUUUUCCACAUCAUCCAUCCAUCUAAGCCUAGGUCUGCCUUUGAGCUGUUUUCCUCUCAGGUUUUGGUGGUGCACCCUCUUCACUCCUCUGUCAUUUGGCAUUCUCUCUAAGUGUCCAGCCCAGCGUAACCUGUCCUUUUUUAUCUCUGCUACUUGUGUGGGGUCCUGAUAUAGUCUAUGCAAUUCCUAGUUGUUUCAUACUCUCCAUCCAUAUUCAUCCUUUGUAUAUAUUUAGUAAAUCAAUACUAAAACUUUAAAAAAUCUCACUAACAAUUUUUUGGGGUUGAUUUCCCCAUUUCUUGUUCCAUCCAGUAUUAAAAUUUAUAAUUUUCCUUCUCACCAGAUCUCUCAAAGUCUGUUGUGAUAAUGGAAGGAGGUAGCUCCAGGGAUCCAGGCAUUGUAGAUGCAAAAAUCAAAAACAUCCACUCAAUGGUCACAAAUUCACAUGGGUAAUUUAAGACAGCAUACUUUUAAAUGGGCGCCAUGCUUCAUGAUUUAUAGUUCAGAUACCCUGAAAAAAUCCAUUUACAGCUAUUUUUAUUAAUGUGUAUCAAAGUAUUGUGAAAACACAUGUGAAACCGUACAUUGUUGUAGCAAGCAAUCCAGUGAGUUGAAAGGAAUACAAGAUGACAUGAUUAUGAGCUGAAAUAGUCAGAACUGAUGGUAUAAAAACUGGCAGGCACAAUUAAUCUAAACAACGCCAACAUCAGAUAAGACAAGAUUCUUUUAGUGAUCCAAAUAAGAGGAAAUGUUUUUUGAUUACAUAGUUCAUCAACAGACAACAUUUUACAACAAUUUAAAUACAAGACUUAUAGGUAUAUCGCUAGCGUAGAAAGCAGCCAUCAUAUAACGGUAACCAAAAAAAAAACUCCCCAAAAAAAUACCGGCUUGUUUCUAAUGUUAUGGAGGGGGCAGCUUAAAAAAUGAAUGAUGUUACAGAUCAGGAAGACCUUAGUGAGAUUGGAAUGUAGAAAUAUAAACUUAUUGUUCAAAGUUUAAUUGCAAGUCCUUGUGCUUAUAGUUUGUCACAAUUUUUAAAAUUACAGUGUUCGGGCGUACGGCUCUGCAGCUUUGAACCUUUCUUACAUAGCUGCUGGGCGUGGUGAUGCAUAUGUUGAGUAUGGUAUUCACGUAUGGGACUUUAUUGCUGGUGCUUUGAUAGCUAGAGAAGCAGGAGCAGUGGUCACAGAUCCUACAGGUAAUUCUUUCAGAAAUAAUGUAGUUUGCAGAUUUUGAUGAUUAGACUGAUCGGUGAGAGGAAGAUUUUUGGAGUUUUUCUUGUGGAUAAAGACCAAUGUUACCUGGUGGCUGCCCGACUUAUACUGUUUUUUUUUUAAACAAAAAGAAAUUGUUCUUAUUUUGAAUACAACUAUUUGUAAAUACUUUUUUUAAAGCUCCUGUCAAUUAAUUUUAAAAAACUAAAGAUAAAUGCAUCUAUAUAUGGAUUACAUUAGAAAAUAUAACGUUAAAGGCCUAAAAUGUAUGAGCAAUGACAAAAACCUCAAUUUUUGGCACCUCAGACCAACACAUGCCAGAUAUAAGAGAAAACAUCAAUUUUGGUAACUGCAGACCAACACGUGCCAGUAUAAGAGAAAAAACUCAAUGAUUGGCACCUCACAAGAUCUCAUGCCAGCUUUAAGACAAACUGUACUAACAUGCAAAUACUAGAUUAAAAAAGAAUUUGGAUAAAAAAUUUUCUGAUUUGAAAUCAUGCAGAAUGUCAUCAUCUCUGAAGUCUCAGGGGAUGCAUGAUUUUAUUGCUACUUUUCGUAGCUCUUAAAAACAAUUGGGAAAAGGGGGUGGGGCAAGAUACGUUGUAUGAAAGCACAAGUGAUGUCAGAUUUAAGACAAAAACAACAAUCAGGUCAGCAAAAAGUGAUGCUGGAAAAAUGACAUCAUAAGAAGAGGUGAGGAAUAAAAUUAAAUUAUGGGAAGAAAUAAAAACAAACUUUGAUCUGUACAACUGUGUUGUCAAGGGCAGACAAAUCUUAACUCUAAGCCUCUGAAUCGAAGCUGCACUGAAUAUAUAUUGGAGAUGAAUUCUGCUUCUGGCAAACACUAAGAUGGAUCUCUUUAUUUAUCCCCAGGGUCUGAGCUUGACUACAUGCAUCGCCGUGUUCUUUGUGCGUGCACGGCAGAGCUGGGCAAGCAGAUCUCCUCACUACUGGUGCACUUAGACAUGGGUUGGGAUUAGCUGAAAUGUUUCAUGUGACCAGAGCCAAAUGAUAUUUUCUUUUUAUUUAUUAAAUAAGUUUUAAUUUUAAUUUUUUUUUAUUCAGAAUUUAAAAAAAUAACUUUUGAUUAUUUAAAUCAGAUAGUUUGAGAUAGACAUGGUUAUGUUAGUUUGAGAUAGACAUGGUUAUGUUAGUUUGAGAUAGACAUGGUUAUGUUACCUGUUAGCUCAAGAUAGAAAUGGUUAUUUUAGUUUGAGAUAGACACGGUUAUUUUAGUUUGAGAUAGACACGGUUACUUUAGUUUGAGAGAGACAUGGUUAUGUCACAUAGCACAUCUUUUCUUUCUGUCUAAUUCUUGAACACUGAGAAGCAAAUGCAUUCUUUCAAAUGUUAUGUAUUUUGUGUAAUAUUUAGGCACAGCUUGAGGUACUUUGCACCCUGCAUUAGCUACAACCCUAGAAGUAGAAAUGUGCAGCUUUGUCAGCAUAAAUUGUUUCAUAUCACUAAGCCAAUGGACAGUGAACAAACUUGGACAGGAUCAUGCUGCUAGUUUGUUCACAAACUUUGGUUUCUUUGAAAUGUUUGUCGUUUUUGCUGAAUAGGAAUGAUCCCUAACCUUCAGUCAGAUCUGAUCCAUGAACAUCCUACUACACCAUCCAACCAGACAAGGGAUUCUUACUCUGUAGUCCAUGGACCCUUCGGGGCUCCUCAAAAGGGCUUGUGGGGUGGGAGGGGGGGGGAGAGUGAUCAGCAACAUAUUUUUACAAUGUGCAUUUCGAUACUUUAUUAUAAGAAGUGGUCCAUUGCCUUCACAUGACAUGCGAGAGGGUUUCUUGGUCUUUAUAUGAGGGGCAAAAGGGGUUUGUGGACUAAAAAAGGGUUUAGACACCCUGAACUAGACCAUCCAUGAAAACCUGAACAAAAAAAAAACUUGAUGAAAUUCAUUGAUUUCAUAGAAGAUUUUCUUUCUCCUUUAGUGAAGUCUUUUUUUUUUUUUUUAAAUGUUCCGUUUAAUAAGGCAGACAGACAUCAGUUAUAAAGUUAAUUUAAAGGAAAAAAAUUGGACUACGCUUGUGAUUACAAUCUGAAAUGUUGAAAUGAACAAAAGAAUAAAAUGCAUUAGUUGAUUUCAUAGAAGAUUUUCUUUCUCCUUUAGUGAAGUCUUUUUUUUUUUUUUUAAAUGUUCCGUUUAAUAAGGCAGACAGACAUCAGUUAUAAAGUUAAUUUAAAGGAAAAACAUUGGACUACGCUUGUGAUUACAAUCUGAAAUGUUGAAAUGAACAAAAGACUGAAAUGCAUUAGUAUAGGAUCUAUCAUUUCACUGUUCUUGCACCAGUUCAUGACAUAUACAUAUAUCAUAGGGUUCCUGUUCAACACAACCUUAAAUUAAUUCUCAAAAUUGAACUAUGCAAUAAAGGCUAGUAAAAAAAACUCGGCUAACACUCAGAAUUUUCUUUGGACAUUCACUUCAUUCUACUAUACUGAUAUCUGUUGGUCAUUUGAAAACUGUGAUUGGAAGAUGGAUCCUGCAACCUUUUAAUGUAAAUAUUUGCUUCUUGAGAUUUAGAUUUAAAAAUUUUUUUUUUUUGAAGCAUUAUUAAUAAGCAAUAAGUUAUUCCAUUGCAUUAGUGUACUCUCAUUUUACUUCAUUUGUUUAUGUUCCUGGGGAUUUUUACAUUUUUUGGGUACUAUAUUGUCAUUUUAGCUUUGUGAUUUAUUACUACUUAGUACAGUAUUGUCAAUGUGAUUUAUUAUUAUUUAAGACAAGAUGCUUACUGUAGCUUUGUAAAUGUAGGCAGG